GGAUGAUUUUGUGGAUGAGGGAGGAGAGGGAUAAUAACCCUUUUUAAUUAUGCAUCUAAUGAAAUGAAAAUUCUAUUUGUAAUUUUUGCUCCAAAUUCAACACUUCACGUCUCAAAACUCCCGCAAAACGAAGCACAAAAUUCCUUCGAUUCUUAAAUGUCGACCGUCCCCGCCGUCCAUAACCACCGCCACAUCCUCCGUCUGAUCCUCUCAUGCCGCAAAAUCACGGCGCAAGUGUCCAACACAUCCACCUCCUCGAUCGUCGCCAUGGCCUCGUCGUCCCAACACGACUUCCUCAAGCGUUACCACUCCAAACUCAACCGCUUUCCAGGCUCCCACCGCUUCUGGGACACCAGCACCGCCUCGCGCGUGGGCCACAAAGUCGCCUUUCAGCUUAAAGAAAUCGGAAUCGAAUCUGUUGCUAUUGAUCUCCGUGAAGAGCUCUCGAGGCCGCCGCAUCAGAAGAUCAUGGUCUUGCCGCUGUUUGAUUCGGUGCGUCGCGCUGGUGUCGUCGUUGAUGGAGUUGAGAAGUUAAGCGAAAUCGGGCCGGUCUUUGAUUAGGAUGGGCUAGGAUAUUAAGAACAAUUUUUUAAGCCGGGGGGUAAUUGUAGGAUUUGAGAAUGGUAGUCGUAUUCGGAUAUUUGAUUAUCUGUUUUGGACUUGUAACUUUUUCGAAGUUUUAUAUUUUUAUAUACAUUUUUCUUAAUAUUAAUAAUUUAAUGGCAAUUUGG